AUGGCUGCUUCAACAAGCGAAAAGGCUUCCGGCGAGGCACAUGGCUCUACAAACAGCAGCAACACCGCUUCCUCUGACCUCAAAUCCGAGCCCACGCCGAACACCACUACUGCUAAUUUCCCCCCACCCAAGACCGACAAGCCUAGGCCACAUGUCUGCCAGACGUGCGGAAGAUGCUUUGCGAGGCUAGAACACCUGAAACGCCAUGAGCGGUCCCACACGAAAGAAAAGCCUUUCGAGUGCCCGCAAUGCCAGAGGUGCUUCGCGCGACGCGACCUUCUACUGCGGCACCAGCAGAAGCUGCACCAAGCAGGCGCGGCGUCGUCAAGACCGAGAAACAGCAGGCGUGAGAGCACAUCCGGUCAGGCAGCCAAUGGAUCAGGCAGAGUGCGCAAGAACUCCAUAGCUAGUAGCGUUGCGGGUUCAGUCGGUAAUACAGCGACCUCUGGCAUGAGGCCCCGGGCGAACACCAUUAGUCAUAUUGAUAUGAAUAUGAUGGCUUCGAACGCUUCGUUGGGCAGAAAUUAUGGCGUUAUUGGCGGACAUACCCACCAUCCGAGUUUGACUGGUCUUCCAGGCGUCGGAACCUACGAGUAUCGGGGCAUGUCUACCACUAUGGGCCCCCAUAGCAGCUCGCAUGGCUUGCCCAGACUCGACACCCAGCUCGGCGCAGGGCUCGGAGGCGGCUUGCGCACAGCUCCCGUUGCAGGGUUUGGGGAUUCAUUUGAUGUUGACAAGUUUCUCCACGACGCCACUAUCAAUCCAGCGCAGCUGCAUUUUGGUGGCGCCGCUGCACACCCGGGCUCUCCUUUCCCAACGUUCCACUCAUAUACUGGCGAUCAGCUCAUGGAAGCGGAACAAAGCUUCCAGUGGCCCCACAGCAGCAUAGACGAUCCCUUCGCUUUCAACAAUGGAAACGAUCCCGUUCUCGACGGGUCCUCACCGUCAGCCAUCAGCACAGCAAGCCAAAGUGGAUUCAGCGAAGUUAUGUUGGACGGGUCCAACAAUCCGGCGCAGAAGAACGGCACGGUCUGGGGAAAUCGGAAUGUACCUCCGUCUAUGUCCCAUAACACGCCGUUCAGCAUGGAACCGUUAGGAUCGUCGUUUCACAGCCUAUUAAGCCCUAUGCACACGAUCUCGCCUCAGGAUCUCCAUGAGCAAAGCUUAAAUGCAGAGCUAUACCUCCACACGCCUCCGGCGAUGCCGGUCGUGAGUCCAACAGCAGGAAUACCGGGGAUGCCAAACCAAUACUUUCACCCACACGCAACAUUCAACUGCGAUAGCACGAGUAUUUCUUCGUCGUCCGUGAACGGGAGUGCAAGCGCCCGUCACAGCUCAGUUACAUCAGUUUCAUCAGAAUCUAUAACGGACGCAACGCGAAACGCGCUGAUCAUAAGCCUGUCGCAACCAGUCAGUUAUGGGCAGAACCAGCGGAAGUACUCGCAAUCUACUCUACCCGCAUCGUUAGUCCACAGUCCACGUGCCACACCGACCGCACAGCCUCCGUCGUUACCUAGUACGGUUGACCUCCAACGAUACGUGAGCGCUUACAUCCAUUACUUCCAUCCGCACAUGCCGUUCUUGCACAUACCAACCCUCACGUUCGAUGCGCCCGCGUUCACAAGCAAUCUACGGACUGCAAGCGGCCAUGUGAACUUCGGCCAGGAUGGUAUCAUUGGUGGUGCAGGAUGCUUGAUUCUUGCCAUGGCCGCGAUCGGUGCACUGUACGAGUUCGAGCAUGCUGUUGCACACGAGCUUUUCGAAGCCGCUAAGAAGAUGAUCCAUCUCUACUUCGAAGAACAUCGCAGGGCGAACGUUUCUGCCUCUCUCCGCGGAACAAAUGCUGCCGAGCCAUCGCGUCUUAAGACGCCCGUAUGGCUGGUCCAGGCGAUGCUUCUCAACAUCAUCUAUGGCCAUAAUUGCGGCGACAAACGUGCAGCUGAAAGUGCGACAACCCAAUGUGCUGCUUUGAUAAGUCUUGCGAAAGCCGCAGAACUCGACCAACCGGAUUCGGACGUUUCCACCAACCAGAACGGCCUGCCUGACAGGGACAUCACGAUGAGUGACGACGGCUUGGCGUCCGAACUAUUCAGGGCUCACUCCCGCCAGGAUUACUCGGACGAACAUCCCCAAUGGAUUGCUUGGAAGAUACGCGAAGAAAGGAAACGCACGUGGUUCGCUGUGUUCAUCCUCUCCAGCCUGCUUGUAACAGCGUACAAUCAACCUCCCAGGAUCUUGAACUCGGAGCUCCUCCUAGACUUACCUUGCGAGGAGAAUCUGUGGUCGGUGGACAACGUUCACACUUGGGUAGCCUUGGGUGGGGCGACUGAAGCGGAACGGAAAACCGUAUCAUUUGCGAAAGCCCUUUCGUUCUUGCUGACUGCGAGUCAGAGGCCACACGCUGACCAUCAAAUGGGCGCUUCCUACCACGAAACGCUAGGCACCGACGUGUCCAUGGACCAGUUCCCGGAGAGCGAACUGAAACCGAGUACUUUUGGGUGCUACAUCCUGAUUAAUGCUUUGCACGUUUACAUUUGGGAAACCCGACAAAGGCAUAACGGACGACUUUGGACUACCCAAGAAACGGAAACCAUGCACGCUCAGGUUGAGCCAGCACUGCGUGCCUGGCAGACUGCGUGGAGAGCGAAUCCAAAUCACAGCUUAGAGAGACCGAAUCCCUACGGACCCCUCCCAGCGGACUGCAUCCCUUUGCUAGAUCUGGCCUACGUGCGCCUCUUCGUAAACCUGGGGCGCUCAAAGGAGGGCUUCUUUACCGGCGAUUUCGAUGCAAUGGCUGAGGAACUGGCAAGAGGCCACGAGAUCAUCCAACAUGCAGACAGCUCUCCUACCGACUCGACCGACAUGAACGACUCAACCCGGACCAGCAACACUUCAACGCAUUCUCCGGGAAUCGUUGCGUCGCCCCAAGACCUAAGUGCAAUGGCAACCUCUAGCCCCGGAACGGCCAUGUCCAACACUGUAAUUGAUCAGGCAUCUCAACUGAGACUGUCUUCCAAGCGCGAGCGACAUCUUCGUAAAGCCGCCUUCUACGCCGCCGAUUCAUUGGCCAUGUCGGACAAGCUUGGUGUAACCUUUGCUGAGUUCACGUCAAGAGAGCUCCCGCUUCAGUCAGCCAUGUGCACCUUCGACUGUGCGCAGGUGCUUGCUGAGUGGGUUGCAACUGUGCAGGAGCGUGUCGGUCGCUACAUGGGCAUAUUAGGCAAGGAUGAGAUUGAUUAUCAGCAGGUGCCGUGCAUAGUGCUCCUUGAGGAUGAGGACGUCAAGCUUCUCCAAAAGAUCCAGGACAUUUUACAGAACACCGAGAUGAAGAUUGCUUACGGCAUGGGGGGCAUGGGAAGCUUGAGCAACCCGAUCCUGUCGACUCUGAAUCAUUGCGGCUUUGGAGGCAAGCUUCUACUGAUGACGGCUUACAUGAUGGAGAAAGCCGCCGUCUGGCCUGUCACGCGUGUCAUGGCCAGAGCUCUUGAGGCCCAUGCUGCCCACAUGAAUCAGCGAGCCGCAGCAUCUGUAUCAUAG